AUGGAGCAGUUCAACCCGUGUCUGAGGAACUUCAUAGCGAUGGGGAAGAGCUAUGAGAAGGCGCUGACCAGUGUCACUUACGCGGCAAAGGGCUACUUCGACGCUUUGGUGCGGAUGGGCGAGAUGGCCAGCGAAAGCCAAGGAUCUAAAGAUCUUGGGGAAGUGCUCUUUCAGAUGGCCGAAGUUCACCGACAGAUUCAGAUCCAGCUGGAAGAAAUGCUCAAGUCGUUUCAUAAUGAGCUUCUGACAGAGCUGGAGAAGAAAGUGGAGCUCGACGCACGUUACCUCAAUGCUGCUCUGAAGAAGUACCAGACGGAGCACAAGAGCAAAGGCGAGAGUUUGGAGAAAUGCCAAGCCGAACUGAAGAAGCUUCGCCGCAAGAGCCAGGGCAGCAAGCACCCGUCCAAGUACGGAGACAAGGAGAUGCAGUUUGUGGAGGCCAUCAGUAACAAACAGAGCGAGCUGGACAACUACAUCGCCGAGGGAUACAAGAACGCCCUGUCUGAGGAACGCCGCCGCUACUGCUUUCUCGUGGACCGCCAGUGUGCUGUGGCCAAGAACAGCACCACCUACCAUGGCAAGGGCAAAGAGAUGUUGGCCCAGAAGCUCCCGAUGUGGCAGCAGGCCUGUGUGGAACCCAACAAACUCCCAGAGCGCGCAGUCUUCCUGGCCCAGCAGAUGAGCGGAGCUGCGGCCCUGUCUGAGCCUCUGCCCGGGGCCAAACCUCUGCCCCUGCCCCCUGACCUGGCGGCCCUCAGAGCCAGCGGAGCCAUGGGACAACAGAUGCCAGUUUUGAACGGGGCUCACGCUGCAGAAGAUUAUCAGCAGUGGAUGGAGGCCAAAGUUUCCCAGGGAAAAUCAUCGCCGCAAACUCACAGACACGAGGUUUACUCCAACACUCUGCCCGUCCGGAAAGCUGCUCCUCAGAAGAACAAGACGGCUCAAAUGGAGACUCGCACGCUGCCUCGCUCCAGCUCCAUGGCGGCUGGUCUGGAGAGGAACGGCCGGACGCGGGUGCAGGCCGUGUUCUCCCACGCCGCCGGGGACAAUAGCACCCUGCUGAGCUUCACCGAGGGUGACGUCAUCACGCUGCUGGUGCCCGAGGCCCGCGACGGCUGGCACUACGGUCAGAGUGACAAGACGCGCAUGCGUGGCUGGUUCCCGUUCUCUUACACUCGAGUGAUUUCAGAAGUGGACACCGACUCCAUGAGGCAUCUCAGAGUUCACAAUCUGCACCACGGGAAGAGCAGCAGCACAGGAAACCUCCUGGAGCGAGAGGAGGUCUCAGUCCCGACUCCGGACUACGGCCUCCGCAUGUCCUCAUACACUCUGCAGCGGCACCGGCCCUACAGUGUGGCAGGGGCGGGGUUCACACAGCAGGGAGUGGAAGAUUAUGAGCCACGAUUCCCAACAAGUUCAACAGAGAUCAAAUUGAUUUCGACAGUUUUGACUCCGCCCACUCUGCCAGGCGAGGAAGCUCCGCCCAAACCGCCUCUUCCGGACGACGCGGCUGAAGAGUUGGAGGCGACGACUUUAGACGAGACUCAGUACGACGUGGUGGAGAGUGUUUCCACUGCUGCUGCUGAGGAAUACUGA